AAAUCUGGAGGAGAAGCUGCGAAUGUGUUGGAAAUAACUUAAUCGCAGAUAUGUCACAGACCGAUGCAUUAAAUGAUGAUGACCUUGAGAAAUCCGGGGAAUCACUCAUUGAUUUCAUCAAGAGCAGCAAGGCAGAGAGUGCACUUCAAGGAGCCAGAGAGAAGCUGCAGGAGUUCUUUGACCAUCACAUCAAGACCAAGAAGACCACAACCGAGAUCUUAAAUAGUCUUGUGCAUACAGAGGAGGAGGUCAGCAAGAAACUGCUAUAUUUAGAGGGGCAGGAGACGCAGAUGAUGCAGGAGAUCGAGAGAAUGGAACAGGAAGUUCAGAGAAGCCUGUCCAAAAGUCACACCUUGAACUCAGAGCAGGAAUUCUUACAGCAAGAGAUGGAAAGACUUCGAGAUGCUGAGCAAGAAAUUCAAACCCUGCAACAGGAAGUGGAUGAGGACACAACUGAGGUCAUUCCUUCAGUCAUAUAUGUUGCUCAGCUCUUCUCCAAAGUUACCAAGAUAAAGCUGGAGGUCGACACUGAGCCACUUAUACUGAGGGGAGUGUCCUAUGGUGCUGAUGUGGUGACCCCCAUCAACAUAGACACGUCCGUCCGUUCCUCCUGUGAUGUCAGCGACGAGCUGUGGAGCCUGGUUAAUACCGAGUGGUAGACCCUGUACACGCAUAAUUAUUUUAGUCCCGAAAUGUUUGCCAAAAACAUCUGUCUGUUGUUUAUGUAUGUAUAUAUGUGUGUGUGUGUGUGUGUGUGUGUGUGUGUGUGUGUGUGUUUUGUAUGUUUGUUAAUAAAUUUGACUCACUUGCUACUCUUGAGUCUCACACCACAAGAUGUCACUAUACAUUUAAAAGUACGUCUCCCAUGCUGAAAAUGCACUUUUUGCAUUCCUGGAAAAGCAUUUGUGAGUAUUUUUAAUAUUAGGCUCCCCCUGUAAUUUCCAUAGAGGAAUAAAUCUGAUCCUCUGAAACAGUGAAACAAUUUGUUGCAAAUGGCUUUAUACAGUAUAAGUAAAAACAUAGUAUAUUUAAAUUAAAUUCCUGUUCUGCUCUUGGUGUGAAGAGAUUUGCACAUUGGCAAUUCAUUUCACUUUUUCAUUUCAUUCCUAUUGUGUUUAAGCCUAAAAGUACUUUAUUUGAUUUUUCAUUUUUGCUGGCUAGCAGCAUGGAAGUCAUAUUAAAGCAAUGUUCCAGGUUUAAAACAAGUUCAGGUCAAUUGACAGCAUUUGUACCAUAAUGUUGAUUACCACAAACAGUAAUUUCAAAUUAUGAAUGAAUGAAUUUUCUUUCUUUGUGCAAAGUGAGGCACUUGCAAUGGAAGACAAUGGGGCCAAUUAUUAAACAUUAAAAUACUCACUGGUUCUCACUGUUUUGUGUGUUAACAUGAUUUGAGUGUGAUAAAACCACUUGCUAAUCUUUUCUGUGUAAAGUUAUAUCCAAUUGUGCAACAUCUUUGCCAUGACGAUGAAACCUACGACGCUGUAAACCUUAAAACAAUGAUUUAAACAACUUUAUAGCUCAAAUAAUACACAUGUUUUAAGAGAAUUAAUGGAAGUGAUAUUAUAAAAUGAUAAGCUUCACAUUUCUGCCUUUAAACCACAUGUCUCCAUUCACUUCCAUUGUAAGUGCCUCGCUGUAACCUCCAUUUUUGCUUCUUACAUAUACAUUUAUGCAUUUGGCAGAUGCUUUUAUCCAAAGUGACUUACAGUGCACUUAUUACAGGGACAAUCCCCCCGGAGCAACCUGGAGUUAAGUGCCUUGCUCAAGGACACAAUGUUGGUGGCUGUGGGAAUCGAACCAGUGACCUUCUGAUUUACAGUUAUGUGCUUUAGACCACUACGCCACCAUAACUCCUGGAGGUUGACACUGAGCCACUGUGCUUCUUCUAUUUUAAGGGGGGAGUCGAAGUCGAAAUGUUUUUUUUUGGUGGUAAUCAACAUUAAGCCACAAAUACUGUUGAUUGAGCUCAACUUGUAUCGCACAUGGAAUGAUUUAUUGACAUGAAUUGAGUCGGUGCCUCAAGUCUAAUAUCUAAUUCACCACUGGACACCUAAAAAAUGGAAACUGUUGAGAUGUCCUGAAAUAUAUGAUACUGUGUAUUUUUAUAAAAUGUAGUGAAGUGAGA